AUGCUCCUUCUCUUGCCUUCCUUUCACACCCCUCCCUGCGGCCUCGGCAUCUGCUCCUGCAAGUCUACCGACGUGCUCUCAUUCUCGUGGCCACUUUCUCUCAUACUCAUUAUCUACUUUGACUUGAUCAACUUGCUAUGGUACAUAUGCUGGCAGGUGAAUGUGGGAGGUGGUGCUGUCAUGGCCGCUGCUCCCGGUGCUGCUGCCAGCGGUGGUGCUGCUGCGCCUGCUGAGGAGGCCAAAAAGGAGGAGAAGGAGGAGGAGAAGGAGGAGAGUGACGACGACAUGGGCUUCUCUCUCUUCGACUAG